UUGAGUGUCCCAAUGGUUCACGAGAAAUUAUAGUCUAGAGUACGAACUUGUUCUUGUUGUUAAAACUGACAAACAUUAAACUCAUUUUAAUUACAUUAUUUGAUUCUCGAGUUGAUUACCGACUUGAUUACUCCCAGUUCUUGAGCGUGCUACAAUCUGAAGGAAUAUUUCAUUUGCAGAUGUAAAUGGCGGAUACUGUGUGGUCACUAGCCUGCGACGAAGUGCAGGCUCAAAAUCAAAAGAAGAGGGAAGAGAAGCUGCUUGGAGAAGACAGGUCUGUUCUAUUUGUAGGUGCUAAGCAAUCUGGCAAAACCUCAUUGCUUCUUAAGUUUCGCGAAAAGAACGAAGAGCGUCCCAAGCCAUCAGUUGCGCUAGAGUACACAUUCGCAAGAAGACCGAAGUCCUUUUCUCUUGAAAAAGACGUCGUGAAUUUAUGGGAGCUGGCUGGCGGUACAUUUUUGAGCGACCUUACAGAAGCAAUAAUUACUCCCGAAACGGUUACAGGGCUAUCAGUUGUUCUGACCCUUGAUUUGUCUCAGCCUCAGACUAUUUGGUUCACAAUGGAGCACUUCAUUGUAGAGCUCAAACAGCAGAUCGAAAAGGCGUUGGCCGCGAAUGCAGACGUGAAACGAUCUGUAGAUCGGAAUAAUUCUGACAGAAAGCAGGGUUUUGCGAACGGAUUUGAUUCGUCGUCCAUGUUUCCGGUUCCUCUGCUGAUAAUUGGAACCAAGUUUGACUUGUUCGUCAAUUUGGAUUCGGUGGAGAAGAAAAUGAUAGGCAGAGCACUGAGGUUUGUUGCUCAUACAUAUGCAGCGCAUGUACUGUUUGUAUCAGAGAAAGUUCCGGCAACUUUAAGAAAUUUCAAAGUGUUCAUGAAUAACAUGGCGUUCGGAGCUCCAAUGCAGAAAGUUGUGUCAAUAGAUGAAAGCAAACCUGUCGCAGUAAGUGCUGGAAAUGAUGAUAUGAUGGCGAUUGGAAUUCCGUCUUCAGAUUCGAACUCGUUAAAUCGAGGCGAUGUUCAUUCUUGGGAGGAUUGGAAGAAGAGCUUCUGCGAUUUUUUCCCUCAGAAAAGCCAAGACUCAGGACAAAGUACAGAAGAUCCAGCUAAAGACCCUAAAUUUAAAGAGCAGAUCAUAGACGAUUUAAAGAAACAGAAAUUUGCUGAAAUAGAAAGUUUAAGAAGAAAGGAAGCCAAAAGAGAUAAUAGUCAAGCUAAUUGGUGAACUUCAGAACUUUGUAACAUAGUCUGUAUUUAUAUCACAAAUCUCUGUAAAUAAUGUAAUUUCAUGUAAAUGCAAGAUAAUUGCAAAUAUAGAGAUAACCCA